CUCGAACGUCGCGAGGAGCAGCAGCAACAGCAGCAGCGGGCGGAGCGAUGGCCGAGGGCUCGUCGUCGGGGCCGAGGCGAAUCAGGCUGAGGCCCGAGCGGCUGGACGCCUCCAGCUUCGAGCCCUUCGGGCAGAUCGUGAGCGCGGGAAAAGAUGGCGCUGCGUUCGGCGAGCACGACGCGCAGCUGGACCUGAGCCGCGGAAUUCCUCGGUUCUACAUCAUGAAUCUGAAAGAUCGCAAGCACUUGACUUUCGGGAAUAUCACGCAUCACGCUAGAGUUACGCAGUGUUUGGGAUCGAUCGGCGGGCACACCUGGUACCUGGGAGUGGCGCCGGCCAGCGUCAUCGAGCACCAGGGCGACGAGCAGGACGUGGUGCGAGCGUCAUCGGGCCAUUACUAUGUGCGCCCUUCCCCAGACCAGGUUCGGGUUUUUCGAGUCGAGGGCCCCCACUUUUUAAAGCUCCAUGUUGGAACUUGGCAUGCCGGGCCCUUUUUCAAGCACGACUCCAUGAAUUUCUACAACUUGGAGUUGAGCGACACCAAUGAGGUUGAUCACACGACUCACGUUUUUGAAAAGGAGGACCAGGUCAUCUUUGAGAUCGAUGAUUAGUUUUUUCCUCUCUUCUGGAUCGCUACGGGAUUCCUACUUCUGAGUCCUGACUAAAUCUCACUGACACGACGAGGGAGGAGAGAUUGGAGGUCGGUUUUCGCCUUGAGAAACAGCUCAAGAGUCGAGCAACACCAGCAGCACUGCAGUGUUUACUUAUAGUCGUAUAUGUACAUGUGCUGUUGAAUUCGCCGAUGCCAUGACCACAAAGAACGAGAUGUGACGUAGGUUGAGUACAAAGGUCUUCAUCUCGUUUUGGUGGCAUUGUCCAGAGUAAGGAUUUCGUCAGCUGGUGCUACCUCUAGAUGGUAUCUCUCUCGUAGGAACUUCUCAGCGCAGGAGAAGAUCACGUCAUUAGUUUGCGUGUAGAAUAGUAACACUACUGUUAUCAAUUAUGAUCAUGUCGAAUGAACGUGUUCCGUGUACUAAUGAUUAUAUCCUUACAUUCAGUG